UAGAUUUGUUAACAGCUUGAUAGAGCAUCGUAAAUUGUGUCUCAAGUAACUAAAAAGGUUUAUUCCACGACUAUACAAAAUGGAGGGCAACUAGCAAAGUGUUGGGCACAUAAAUUCAUAAAGGUUUUAUGUCACAGUGUAUCGUGAGGUCGAUUCCAAUGUUAUUCAUCAUGCUUCACCUUCUUGUCUUUUAUUAGGUUGUUUAUUAUGAAUUAGUUUAUUCAUACGUAUACUUCUUCUUAGCUAUGAGGAUUGUUAUUCGUGUGAAGAAACAGCAAUACAAACUAUUGUAAAGUGACAAAGUGUGGAUAUUGUUUCUUAUAAACAUUACGGAAUUACGGCGGAAGAGCGAACAUAGUAAAGAUGACCCCGCAACAGUUUUCCUUGCGUUGGAAUAACUACAGCACUUACAUAGCGGGAGCGUUUGAUUCACUACGCUACGAGGAGGAUUUUGUCGAUGUUACGCUUUGUUGUGAAGGGAGAAAAAUUCGCGCCCACAAGAUUCUGUUGUCGGCUUGCAGUCCGUAUUUUAAAGAGGUGUUCAAAGAAAACCCUUGCCAACAUCCUGUAAUCAUAUUCAAAAAUGUGCGCUACACGGAUCUUAUGUCGCUGGUAGAGUUUAUGUACCAAGGUGAGGUAAGUGUGGCCCAGGAACAGCUACCCUCCUUCUUACACACUGCAGAGUUGCUCUCGAUACGAGGUUUGACGGAUAGUGCUAGUGAAACGCGACCUGCUGGAUCAGGAACUUCCAGCAUCACUCAACUGAUACAUACUCCACCAGUACUUGAAAAAUCAACCACAAUCACCUCGGCUGACUCAGUGUUUCUUACUAUACCAUCAAACACUAUCGUCCAUCAACCGAAGCUCGUGCAGUCCCAAAUUCAGACAACACCAGUCAUAGGUAAAGCUAUCAUCAAACCUGCUCCUUCCGAGAUGCCGGCUCUGACGACUGCAACGGCUACCAUAACUGUUCCAAUAACGCAGCAGCAGCCAACACUGACUAAAAUACAGAUGCAAGCACCCCAGCAACCUUCUGUACAACCACAGUCAGCACAGCAGCAGCAGCAGCAGCAGCAACAGCAACAAGUACAUGCACAGAUCCAUCAAGUCCAGCACACAUCAUCGCAGCAAGGAACACAACAAUCGUCUUCGUUACAGACCCAAGCCUCGCAACAAGCUCCACAGGCAACUACAUUGCAAGAAGUAGUCGACCACGUAGUGCAGCCAAGAAAAAAAAAGAUCAAGGUACAGCAGAUUAUUGCAUCUCAGGCGUCAUCGAGUAUACCGGCUACGGCAACUGUGACUGUAACGGCUACUGGCUCAAGCCAAUCUAACGAUGGUGAAAUUUUCGAAAAAUUUGAGUCAGAAACCUAUACCAUCACCACCACAAAGGAUGAUCAGCGAGCCGACCAAGAACAAGUAGAAACAUACGCUGAAUCAGGCCAGCAAAAUACUUCAGGAAUGAAAAUGGAAAUUCCGGAAUUUAUAAGUCUUGGCGAGCCAAUUACCGGCACUAGUAGCGGGAAUAACACUUUUAUACAAGAAGGCUAUGAACUGGUCUCGGAAGAUAAGGAUGAAGAUGAUGAAGAUAUGGCCCAGGAUCACAUAGAAAUAGAAGGAGCAGACAUGGAUAUGAGCCGAAUCUUCCAAGAAUCUACUGAUGAACAAACCAAGUCGAACAUUUUAAAAGUAAGCGUAAAUCGACUGGACGUAACUGGCGAGGAAAAACCGUACAAGUGCCCCGAGUGUCGUCGUUCAUUCUGCUCAAUGAAUGCAAUGAAACGCCAUCGUCAGGCAAAGCAUAGCAACUCACAAGACUCGUUCACUUGCUUACUCUGUGAGGCCAGAUUCAAAACUAAGUGGUCUCUAUCCACACACAAAUCCAAAUACCAUCGCGGUCAAAACACAUCGAUCAUGACAAGGGCUACAGGAAGCACAUCAGCCACUGCUACAACGUCCACUACCGGAGUAGGAACCGAAAGCUCAUCAAGAAGUUCGACGAAUAAGGCUUCAACUAAUUUGACGAGAUCAAACUCCCCGACAGGCGCGUCUGCACAGAAACGUGGAAUGAUUACGGCUCGUUUGAAAUCCCACUCAUCCGAUGAUGAGUAAACAAAAUGGACUAUAACAAUCUUGCUCAAAGAAGGAAUUUUCAGAUGUAGAUGUUAUUAAAUUUGAUUUUUAUUUUACAUUCUAUACUCCAAUUGCUAUCAGACCACAUUGAUUUUCGUGAUUUUCAAUGAAAAUAUUGUAAAUUAGCUCACUCUAAAUAAUCUUUUGAUAACAAUUUGCAAACUUUUUUCGCCUGAAGAGAGUUUGUGUGACCGAAAGACGGUAUAUUAUAGAUCGGUGGUCAGCCGUUCGUAAUACCGGAGGGGUGCCAGACUCGAGAUUCCGCUGCGCCAUGGGCACCCCCUAUUUGCAAGCUUUGCUUAAACAAAUAAAGAAAUUGAUGAUUUUUUGUAAAAACAACUCUUAGUGGUAAAAUCCUGAUUUAGACGAAAGUAAAAAUUAUAAUUGGAGCUAGUAACAGUAUAAAUUGUGUAACUUUGAGCUAGAACUGUCGGGAUGCCAAAAAUAAAGUAUAUGCUUUUUGUCGAUAGAUUCAAAUCGUUCUUAAUUCUUUUGUAAGAUCUCUAUUAGGGCUGACAAAAACUGUAAAAAUAUUUGAUAAAUUACAGUUUUCUAUUUGACACAACUUUAAGUUCAUUAAAGUCGCCUAGACUUCCUUUGAAUCUUUGAAAAACUAAUAAAAUUACAAGUCAAAGAAUAGAUUGUUUUGAGUUAUAAUCAAAAGUCCAUAAGUUACAUAAAGUUAGUAAAAUUUUUCGAGCAUGUAAGUAUCGACUUACACAAAAAAGCAUAAGAAACUAUAAAUUUUGAAAGGACAAUUUAUUGUCCAACCACUAGUUUAUGCCAUGCAUUGCCAUUAGCAAACAUUCAAUAGAUGAAGGGAAAUGCUAAAUUUCUUCGAUUGGAAAAUCCUAAGUUAGGCCACAAUUGUUUUGGAAUAUUAAGUUAGCUGUAUUUAUUAAAAGGGACAUGGUAUGCAACGCUAUUCGAGCUAGUGCGGCCAAUUCCGAAACGAUGGACAAACUUUCAAUUAUCUUCGAUAGUCAACUCUAAUCAAUGCAUGCCAAAUCGAACUGUUGAGAUCAUUAAACUUUUUGAAAAGGAUAUUUACAUUUUUGUAUUGUAAUGUAUUGUACCUACACAUUAGUUUGGGAUUAUGCAUUUUAAACCCGAUUGCAUCUAA